AUGGGUGGCAGAGUGAUUGACGGGGAAGAGAUGCAGACUGAGAUUGGCAGCCUUGGCAGGCGCUAUAGGCAGCGCGGCGGGCAGCGCCUUCUGGCGCGCCUGCCAGCCGUAGCCUGGGAAGGAGGGCGAUGGAGGGCCAUGGAGGGGCGUUCAGGUUUCAACAUGUUUCAAGGUUUGAGUGUACAGGGCUCAUCAUGGGUGUUGGGCUGCAGUCCUUUAUCCUCUGCGGCGCUGGCCUCUGCUUAUGCUUCGUGUCCGGCAUGUUGGGCAUUUGUGGAGUGGCAUUGCGCCUGGCUUCGUGCCUGGCUGUGCUCGGCCUUGCUGGCUUUUGGCAAUCGUGUUGGCUCCUUUGCUCGUUGCCGUGUGCGGCCUUUGGACCGUGCCUUGUCGAUCCUCCAGCGUCUCUUUGCGUCGGACAAGACCAAGGCCGAGCGCCUUGAUGACGAGAUUGCAGACAUGCGCCGCCAGGAGGAGGAGGACCUGCAGAAGCUCCACAAGGAGCUCGGCAACCAAGCGCCCAGCGAGCAAGACCUUCGCGUUGAAGUGCUUCGACGUCAGCAGGAAAAGCUUGCGAGGUUCGUUGCUCUGCGGAGAUCGCGGCGAGCCUCUCGAAGGAGCGCGAGCGAACACGGGAGGCCGCGGCCGAAAUCUCCACCCGCCCCCUGGAGAUGCUAUCUUGAUGUCGACUCAGGCUGCUGGUACUACCACAAUGAGGAGACCAACACCACAACGUGGGACCUGCCCACAGCGUUGAUGCGGGAACGUCCCCCGGAGCCGCUGGCUCCCUGGCAGCUGGUGGCCCAUGCGCCUUCGGGGAGGUGGUAUUAUCACAACCGCCGCACUGGCGAGACAACUUGGGACAGCCCCUGUGUGUCUUCACGUCGUGCCCGGCCGAAGCGACGGGCAGCACCCAAACGCCGCGCAGCCAGAAGCCCUCACCGCAGGCCUCAGGCAUCGAGAGCGCGAUCCCUGUGA